AUGCUUCGCCGUAAACCUGCAUUCCAGCAACUCAAUGUCGACGUGACCGCGUCGUACCCUGUCGUUUUGAUCUGCCGGCACCCAAAAGAAGACUACUGCCCUGUCCCAGGAAAUGCAUGCGUUGAUCCCAGGUCAACAGCGUGGGUAGGGGCAUGCCGUAAGCCCCAGAAUCGCAAAUUGGCCGUGGUGCAAGAGGUGAAGAACGCGGGGCUACUAGAUCUCAAAUGUCUGGCACAAAUUGCCGCCCCAAAUGUGGCACGGGUUCAUGCGCUCUAUCAUCAAGACAACAGAUUCUUUGCGGCGUACGAAUACAUUGACUUGGACAUAACAGAAAUUGGCCCUCUCAGCGACAAAGAAAUCGCCAAUGUUUUUCUGCAAGUAAGAGCCCUACUAGCAUUUCACUCUACUGCCAAGGAAGUAGCUCCUUCGCUGAACUGUCGCAGGUACUGCGUGGCAUACAGAGCCAUUACAGGAACGACAUACGCGGGCUGCAGGGCUGCCGUACAUUGCAUUGUAUCUGCAGCAGAUCAUGGAACGUCUUGGUGGGUUCCGCCGAAAGUGGACGCAGUCUGCUUCGUCUUUUUUGGCGUUGCUCCAAGUCGGCCAGUUACCUGCCAUAACGGUCAGCGCGCUACACAUCCUUGA